AUGGCAGUCUUUUCCACAUUUCCACUACAUUUCUUCCUCCUGAUCGGACUGAUCUUCACUCCAUCCAUUGCCAUUGCCCAGAAAACGCCCACCUCUUCUUUCAGACCAAAAGCUCUGGUCUUACCAUUAACCCAAGACUCAGCUACCGGCCAAUACAUGACUCAGUUAAGCCAAAGAACACCUCUCGUCCCACUCAAACUCACCGUCGAUCUCGGCGGCCAGUUCUUAUGGGUCGAUUGCGAGCAAAACUACAAAAGCUCGUCUUACAGACCGGCCAAAUGCCGCUCUGCAGUAUGCAACCUGGCCAACUCAAAAGCCUGCGGCGAAUGCAACGAUGGCCCGAAACCCGGAUGCAAUAAUAACACCUGUUCCCUGUUCCCGGACAACUCUGUAACCAGAACAAGCACGAUCGGCGAACUAGCCACCGACGUCGUCGCCGUCCAAUCCACCGACGGGAUGAAUCCGGGUCGGGUUGUUUCGGCCCCGAGGGUGGUCUUCACUUGUGGAUCGACUUUCCUAUUGGAGGGUCUUGCAAAACGGGUGAAAGGGAUGGCCGGAUUAGGCAGAGGUCCGAUUGGGCUGCCGUCGCAAUUAGCCGCCGCCUUUAGUUUUCCGAGGAAAUUCGCCAUUUGUCCGGGAUCAAACGGCGUGAUUUUCUUCGGGGAAAGUCCGUACGUUUUCCUCCCCGGCAGAGACGUGUCGAAGAAUCUGACAUACACACCACUUUUCAUCAACCCUGUUAGCACUGCUGGAUCUUUCUUUCAGGGGGAGAAAUCUGUUGAAUACUUCAUUGGGGUGAAAUCAAUUAAAGUUGGGGAGAAGACCCUUUCGAUUAACUCAACGUUGUUGAAAAUCGACAGUGAAGGAAAUGGUGGAACAAAGAUCAGUACUGUUGUUCCUUACACUGUCCUGGAAACCUCAAUCUACAAAGCCUUAACAAAAGCGUUUGCUCAAGCUUUCUCUGGUGUUCCUAGAGUGCCGAAAGUAGCGCCUUUUGAGGUGUGUUUCAAUUCCACAAGCUUGGGAAGUACACGAGUUGGUCCUCCAGCUCCAGUGAUUGACUUGGUUCUCCAGAAUCCGUCUGUGUUUUGGAGGAUUUUCGGGUCGAAUUCGUACGUGCAAGUGAAGAAGAAUGUCCUUUGUCUUGGAUUUGUGGAUGGGGGUUUGAAUCCAAGAACUUCUAUUGUGAUUGGGAGACGCCAGAUUGAGGACAAUCUUCUGCAGUUCGAUAUUGCAAGAUCCAGGCUUGGUUUUAGCUCGACUCUGCUGUUUCAGCAAACCACUUGUUCCAACUUCAACUUCACAUCAAAUGCUUGA